AUGACUGAGACAAAGUUCACUUGCCGCUGGGCGCUCCUUGGCCUCUCCAAUAUUGCCAAAACGUUUCUUGACGACUUGACGAUUCCCCAAGAUGGGACAAUCCAACACAUUGUGAGCUGCGUGUCAACAACCAGCUCCAAAGAAAAGGCUCAGCAAUGGCUCGCUGAGCGCUCUAAUUUGAACCCUGGAGGCGUCAAGAUCUAUACCACCUUCGAGGAAAUGCUGCAGGGCGGAGGGUUCGACGUCGUUUACAUAUCCACCCCACACCCACUUCACUACGCCCAUGCCAAAGCUGCAAUCAAGCAUAGACGACAUGUGCUAGUCGAGAAGCCGGCCACGAUGAACAAGGCCCAGUUCGAGACCCUAUCAGAACUCGCAAAGUCUGCAGGCGUUGUCUUGAUGGAAGCCAUGUGGACUCGAUAUUUGCCCGUUGUGCAAUACUUGCAGGAGAUCCUGCCCCAAAUUGGCAAGGUCAAGCGAGUCUUCUCCGACCUCUCUGUGCCAAUUGCGGACGAAGACAUGCCUCGCUCCUCGCGACUCUUGGACAAGCAGGCUGGUGCUGGGGCAAUGCUUGAUAUGGGUGUGUAUGCACUCACAUGGGUGGAUCUUGCGUUCAACGGAUCCCCAAGCACCAAAGUUGCGUUUGCACAGACUAUCCCGUAUGACAGUGGCAAGGAUCUCAUUGAUGACAUCAACACUGUCGUUCUCAACAGCGGAGAGGACGGUGGUCAAGUUGCUAUUGUUACCACGAGCAUGACCCUACCUGGUUCAACAAAACACAGUGACAAACUUGCUGUCGAUAAGGUUGCGCCUAGCGUCCGGAUUGAGGCCGAAAAUGCUCAGGUUUCUAUCCCCUUCCCCUUGAUUAGGCCCCAGGAGCUUCACAUUGAAUGGUAUAAUAAGGAUAGGCUGAAUGGGGAUGGCUCUGAGGUGCGAGAGACUGUAUCUAAGCCGGUAGAAAGAGGAUGGGGCUUAUGGUAUCAAGCAGAUGUAAUUGCUGGAGAGGUUCAAAAGCGGGGAGCUAGCCGUGGCCAGGGAACCGGCCUAGUCAUCGGAGGUGAUGAGACCGUUCGAGUCCUUGGAUGGAUGGACACUGCCCGAAUUCUCUCUGGUAUUGUUUAUGAUGACGCACUAGAAGCUGCCUGA